AUGAACCCAGAUUCCGCGCGUCGCGCACCAGUUCAAGGGGGAUCCAAACCCAAGGACAAAUACUUCCGCUACGAGAGAUCAGGACACGAUUACUGGAGCGACCUGCUUCGGCUGCCGCUGGAGAAAGACAGAGCUCAAUGCGAUGCAUGGAGGGACGAGGUUCAGAACAUUCUGAUUUUCGUCUCACUCUUCUCAAUCAUCGUUACCGCCUUCGUUAUCGAAUCCUACAAGGCUCUUGCUCUUAGACAAGACCCAGCCGACACUACUGUCACUCUCCUUACCCACAUCGCCGCACGGCUCGAUGAUCCUUCUACUCCAUUGCUUGACCCAGAAGUGACAUUCACCCCGACUUCAUCCUCAGUCCGCGUCAACGCCUUCUGGGUCAUCAGCCUCGUACUCGGCCUCACAAGUGCCCUGAUCGGGAUCCUCUCGCUCCAAUGGCUCUGCGAGGACCAGCGUUAUCUCGAACACUUUUUGUCCGAGUGGAAAUUUGUCUUCCUCAAUAUGAGGACGGAGAUGAUUGACAGGUGGCGCGUACCGGCAUUCUUCACCGCCCUCUCCGUACUCCUUCAACUCGCGUUCGUUCUUUUCUUCAUCGGCCUUGUCGACUUUUUUGCUCGACAUUGGGGUUAA